GGGACAAUCAAAUAUGACUAAACCGAGUUUGUUAUCGUUGUCUGGCCACAGGUGCAAAGACAACUGCGUGGCUAGUUUGAAACUACAAAACCAGCAUCACCAGCAUUUCAAAAUUGAGCUUCAUGAAAUCCGUUUCUGUGUGGUGAUCUCUUGCUUCUGUUAAUGGCGGCUUUCGCAGCUACUCUAGGAACCUUCUUCAAACCCACUCUUACUCCUCCUUCCUUGAACAAACACAAAUUCGUAUACAAACGUCGCAAUUCCACCAUUUCAGCCACAACGGUUGCUGAAGAUGCAGCUUCAUCUUCAUCUUCAACGAUUACACAAACCAAAUCUUUUUCAGGGAAGGCAGAAGCAGAUGUUGUUGUCAUAGGAAGUGGUCUCGGUGGACUAUGCUGUGCUGGACUUCUAGCUAGAUACGGGAAAGACGUUAUAGUUUUGGAAAGCCACGAUUUACCAGGUGGCGCUGCCCAUUCGUUUGAGGUAAAAGAUUACAAGUUUGACUCCGGCCCGUCUUUGUUUUCGGGUUUUCAAUCUAGAGGUCUCCAGGCGAAUCCCCUUGCACAAGUAUUGGACGCGUUAGGUGAGUCAAUUCCAUGUGCCAAGUAUGACUCAUGGAUGGUUUAUGUGCCUGAAGGGGAGUUUCUAUCACGCAUUGGUCCCACCGAAUUUUUCAAGGACUUAGAGAUGUACGCGGGCCCGGAUGCUGUGCUGGAAUGGCGAAAACUUCUUGACGCGAUACUUCCAUUAUCUGCAGCUGCAAUGGCAUUGCCUCCGUUAUCCAUCAGGGGUGACUUGGGCGUUCUUUCAACUGCCGGUGCCAGAUACGCGCUCUCACUUUUAAAAUCAUUUGCACAAAUGGGACCGAAAGGUGCUCUUGGUGCUACAAAGCUUCUGAGACCGUUUUCAGACGUUGUUAACUCAUUGGGACUCAAAGAUCCCUUCAUCAGGAACUGGAUCGAUCUCUUGUCGUUCUUGCUUGCUGGAGUCAAAUCUGAUGGCGUACUGUCAGCAGAAAUGAUUUACAUGUUUGCAGAAUGGUAUAAACCGGGUUGCAGUUUAGAAUACCCUUUCGGUGGAAGUGGAGCUGUUGUCGAUGCUCUUGUUCGGGGAUUAAAAAAAUUUGGUGGUCAAAUAUAUUUGAAAAGUCAUGUUGAUAAUAUUGUCAUCGAAAACGGCCGAGCAGUUGGAGUGAAGCUAAGAAGUGGUCAAUUUGUGCGUGCAAAGCAAGCUGUUGUGAGCAAUGCAUCCAUGUGGGACACUUUAAAAUUAUUACCUAAAGAGGCUAUUCCGAAAUCUUAUGAGGAAAGGAUUGAAAAUACAAAGCAAUGUGAGUCAUUUAUGCAUCUGCAUUUGGGAUUUGAUGCGGAGGGGAUACCGGAAGACUUAGGUAUUCAUCACAUAGUUGUAAAUGACUGGGACCGCGGAGUUGAUGCUGAUCAAAAUGUGGUGUUGAUAUCUGUACCAAGUGUACUUAGUCCAGAUCUUGCGCCACCUGGAAAGCAUGUUUUACAUGCGUACACCCCGGGAACCGAACCAUUUCAACUUUGGGAAGGGCUUGACCGUAAAAGCGCAGAAUACAAGCAACUCAAAGCCGAGAGAUCUGAGGUAAUGUGGAAAGCAGUGGAACGAUCACUCGGUCCAGGUUUCAGUCGAGAUAAAUGCGAAGUGAAACUAGUCGGGACUCCAUUAACACACCAACGAUUUCUUAGACGAAACAGAGGAACAUACGGGCCGGCCAUAGAAGCUGGAAAAGACUCGUUUCCUGGACACCCGACACCAAUCCCGCAACUUUAUUGCUGUGGAGAUUCUACUUUUCCGGGAAUCGGAGUCCCUGCUGUUGCUGCUAGUGGUGCCAUUGUUGCUAAUUCACUGGUUUCUGUUUCUCAACACUCUCAACUCCUUGAUGCUGUAGGAAUAUAGUUAAACUACAAAGCUCAUAAGUUAUAAUCUUUUGUUUAUCUUUUCAUAUUCUUGCUUUUAUAAGAAAGAUACUUUGUAAAGAAUGAUAACAAUAAACUGAUCUGUAUACAAUGAUAGAAAAACAUUCCAAGAUAA